CGUCGUUUAAAGUAGUGCGGACUAGCCCUACGCCCCUACCCGACUUUUACAGACGCCGCGUUAGGUUUCCUCUGGAAAUCUCUCUUCAGUCUCUCUUCCAGCGAGCUUCAUCGCCAUCUCCCUUCGAUCUGCCCCUCCCUCAAAAUCCGCGAAGAAGACGACCAUCGGAGAUGAGUUUUGAGGACCGGAUACUCAAAGAAGCAAAAGCCGUCCAUGACAACCUAUUGAAGACGCAGAGUGGCCUUGUUACCUUGCGCAAGGGGUUGGCUGACGGGAACAAGUUAAUGAAGAAGGCACUGACUUUAUCCACUAUUGGAUUAUCAAGUGAGUACGAUAAUUUAGUUUUUUUUCACAAUAGUGUAAAAAUUUGGAAUGAUGUACGCAACUGUCUUUUUUUGUAGUGUGUGCAGUGACGAGUGUGGCGUUUCUCUAUUUUCACAGCGUUUCUCUCUCUCUCUAUAUGCAUCACGUCAAAAUGCAUCAAAAUUCUUUGAAAAUACACUAUCUGAAAAUCUGAGCAUAAGAUGCAAUCUGACCACACUCGUCACUACACACGCUACAUAAAAAGACAGUUUUGUACUUCGUUCCAAUUUUUUUACACUAAUGUGAAAAAACUAAAUUAUCUUACUCACCUAAUAAUCAAUAGUGGAUAAAGUCAGGGUCUUCUUCAUUAACUUGUUCCCUUCAGCCAAUCCCUCGCGCAAGGUAACAAGGCUACUUUGCGUCUUCAAUAGGUUGUCAUGGACGGUCUUUCUUUCUUUGAGUAUCCGGUCCUCAAAACUCAUCUGCAUAUUUAUUUUUAAAACCCAGAGUAAUAAUCUUGAAAUGGCCCGUUACUUUAUAAAAAAGUAGAUGCUACAAGAAAUUGGGAGCAAUAUAGAAAUAAAGAAGAAGAAUAUGCCAUACCGUAGAUUAUACUGAUACUAUAAUGUUAUGGGAUAUGAUAAUGACACACCAAAUAUUACUAUAUAAUCACUUUUCUUUCAUUUUUCUCGCUAACCCUAUGUUUGGUUCAAGGAAUUUGAAAGGGAAAAUAAAAAAAAAUGAAGUGGAAACCAUUUUUCUUGUUUGGUUAGAGGGGAAAAGAAAGGAAAAGAAAAUGAGGAGACAAAAUGUACCAAGUGGAGGGAAAACCAAAUUCCUUCCAUUUUGGUGGGGAAAAUGAGAGAAAACCAUUUUCUUUUCCAUCCAAAUUCCUUGAACCAAACAUGGUGUUAGUGUUUGGUUUCCGUUUUGGUUCACUCUUCAAGUCAAGGAUUCAUAUGGGGGUUAUUAUCACACAAGCAUUAGAAUUGAAAGUGAAUGUUGGUUUGUACUUGAAGGCUUCUGUGAGAUAGGCCUAGUCAUUUGGCCCAAUACAUCCAUCACUAAAAAUGUAAAAGAAUCUUAUGCAAGAGUUUUUCAACAUGUGAACUUCUUUUAUGGAGUUCAUUUGUGUAAAUCCCCACCACAAAAGAUGACAUGUAUUUGGAGUUCAUUUCAGAAUCUAUAUCUCUAAAUUGGAAUAUUUGUUCAAGUAUUUCAUAAAGCACAUUUAAAGUA